AUGAAUAAUACAACAAACCCUCUCGAUAUCGAAUAUUUGGUCAAGUAUCCCAAUUUAAUGAUUUCAAUUUUCGGAUUUGUCACCAACCUCAUCCAUCUCUGGUUUGUCAGCAGAGACAUUCGUACCCAACCAGUUUUUUUAUUCCUUACCGUAAUCUGUGUCUCCGACUUAUUUCAAUUGAGUGUCACUAUCGUAAAUAAGACAGUUUCAGUCAUUAAUUAUAUCGAACACAAAAAUUGUGUGGGAUAUUUUAGUAUUCCAGAUCUUAUCUAUAAACUAACUUCUGAAGCAUUUUUCACUGCUCCUGAACAUAUCAGCAGUUGGAUAAUAGUUGUCAUGGCAUAUAUGCAAGUUGGAUAUCUCAGAAAGAAAAAAGUUGUGACCUACAAGAAUGUCACUGUCGCCUCUAUGGUUACUGUCUUGUUAAACAUCGUCUAUCACAUUAUGUUACUCACUUCCCUGGCCCUUAUCAUUUCCAGAACACCAUGGACAGAGUGUACUCCUGUCGUGGUCUUCACAGAGUACUUGACUAGCAACUCGAAUUUUUUCACUAAAUUCUAUACUAAUUUACGAGAUUUUGAUGGGCUCCUUGUUAUCAUUAGACUGUUGACAACUAUAUUUUUCCCGAGUUAUCUUCUUAUUUUAUCGUGGAAAACGGCGGAUAUUCAGGCGAAGAAGACGUCUAAAUUGAUAAUUAGUGUUACACUAUCGUUUAUCUCUGUCGAUAUUUUGAUAGUAAUUACGAGAUUGUGGUUGAUGGAAUUCGAUGAGAAUGGUGUCUCCACUAAGUGA